AUGAAUGAAGAACAAAUCAAGAUUGCCAAUCAAUUGGCAAGGAAAAUUACAUUUAUGGUCACUUCUCUUAAGGCUAUGAAAUCAUUUGCAGCUGAAAGUCCAGAUGUCAUCAACAGGAAUCAAGUUCACAGUCGAUUGGAUGAACUGAAUGCCAUGAGUCAGUCAUUUGAGGAAUUGCAAGACAAGUUGGAAUUGUUGGAGAAUAAACCUGAUGAGGAAAGAAUUGCAGAACGACUCAACUUUCAAUCAUUAAUGAUGGAUGUCAAGGCAUGCUUGAAAGGAAUGUUGGAUAACAAUUCAAUUGACUCAAGCUCAGAAGCAACGUCAGCAGGUAGAGAAGGGAGAAACAGAACACUUCGGCUACCAGCUAUUGAAAUACCAAUCUUUGAUGGAAACUUACAGAACUGGACCUCCUUCAUAGACAGUUUCAAUGCUGUGUUCCACGAUCACCCUGACUUGGAACCAGUACAGAAAUUUCAAUUCCUAAAAUCACACCUAACUGGGACUGCAAGUGACGUUGUAAAAACCAUUCCUCUCACGAAUGACAAUUACAGUCAAGCAUAUGCCAAGCUAGCUGAGCGAUAUGAAAAUCCAGGACUCAUCAUUCAAUCCCAUAUCCGAGCUCUGUUCGACACACCUAAGGUACAGUUUGCGUCGGCAAGUCAACUACAUCAAUUACACCACCACGUCGUCACUAACGUACGUGCCUUGGAGUCACUGAAACAACCAGUAAAGGAAUGGGAUGCAUGGUUAGUAACAUUGUUAUGCUGUCGUCUUGACAACAUCACGGUGUCUGAAUGGCAAUUAAGACAAACGUCAAAACAAUUACCUACAUUCACUGACUUAGAGCAAUUUCUAUCAAACAGAGUAAAUGCUUAUGAGGCAGGUGAGAUAGCAAUUGGGUCAACAGUCAAUGACAAGUACACAAAGAUUAAGGCAACAAAAAACCAAGGGACCAAAGCAUGUUUCGUUGCUCAAAAAAUAAAGAACAGCCAGUGUCCAAUCUGCAGCCACAAACAUGAAAUCUAUAGAUGCUUCAAGUUCAAGAACAUGACUGUCUUAGAGCGUCACGAAGCCGUUCGCAAGCAAAAUCUAUGUUUUAACUGCUUAUCAACUGGACACUCUUAUUCAAGUUGUACAGCUGGCAAAUGUAGAAAUUGUAGCAAGAAGCACAAUACUCUGCUACACAAUGACACAAUUUCAAGCACUGAACCAGAUCAACAAUCACCGGCUCAGUCAAGUCCAGAGACACCUACUUCUCCUGUUGAGCCUCAAGGACCCCCCGAGUACUUUGUGCACACAGUCAAAGUAACAGUCAUGUACUACUUGGAACAGCAAUAG